GAUGAAGAAGAUGAAGAGUAUGAUGAAGAAGAGGAAGAUGUUAACUUUUCAAAAGAAACCCUAGAAGCAGCAAUGGCAACAAAAGUUUCAAUUGAACAAUACUAUACAUCACUUUUCAAAUCAUUAAAAGAAAGAGAAGAAAGACGAUGCUUUUUAGAAAAAAAAAUGGAAGAGUUAAAUUUAAGAGAAGAACAAAAAGCAAUUAAAAGAAGAGAACUAGAUAAAAAGGAAACUGAAUAUAUUAAAUCAAGAAGAAUUAGAUUAACUGGUCACUCAUUUGAAUCACUUAAAAUUAUUGGUAGAGGUGCUUUUGGUGAAGUUAGAUUGGUUAAAAUGAAAAAAAAUAAUAAAUUUUUUGCAAUGAAAAAAUUAGAUAAAUCAAAAAUGAUUGAAAAACAUCAGACCGUCCAUGUAAGAAGUGAACGUGAUAUUUUAGCAGACAGCAACAAUAUACAUGGCAGUAAUCCAUGGAUAGUUAGUUUAUAUUACUCUUUUCAAGAUGCAAAUUAUUUAUAUUUAAUUAUGGAAUAUGUUCCAGGUGGUGAUAUGAUGACUCAACUAAUUAAAUAUGAUACAUUUACAGAAGACGCUACAAGAUUUUAUAUAGCAGAAACAGUUUUGGCACUUCACUCGAUUCAUAAACUAAGUUAUAUUCACAGAGAUAUUAAACCAGAUAAUUUAUUAAUCGAUUCCAAAGGUCAUAUCAAAGUUAGUGAUUUCGGUUUGUGUACAGGUUUACAGACAAAUAGAGUUCCAACAUUAGCAGAAAUCUAUAAGAAAUAUGAAGGUGAUAAUAUUAGAGACGAAGAUACAAUUUCAACUAGAUCAGCAAGAUUCGAUUCAUGGAAGAGACAGAGAAGAGUUUUAGCUUACUCAAAUGUUGGUACACCAGAUUAUACUGCACCAGAAGUUUUAAUGAAGGAUGGUUAUAGUGCCGAAUGUGAUUGGUGGAGUGUAGGUGUCAUUAUGUUUGAAAUGUUAGUCGGUUACCCUCCAUUCUGCUCAGAGUCCAUUAGAGAAACUUAUCACAAAAUUAUGAAUUGGAAGCAAACUCUUCCAAAGAUUAUGGAAGAGGCCAAAGCUGAAGUUAACCUUAGUGCCGAGGCUCAAGAUUUAAUUGAACGUUUCCUUACUGAUCCAUUAAACCGUAUUGGUUUUAAUGGUGUCGAAGAGAUUCAAUCUCACCCAUUCUUCAGAGGUGUCGAUUGGAAGAAUAUUAGACAUGGUAAAACUCCAAUCAUUCCAACCAUUACCUCACCAACUGACACCCAAAACUUUGACCACUAUGACGAAGAGGAACCAUCUCAUCACCCAGAACCAAUGCAACCAGUCCAAUCAUCCUCAUCAAAAUCAAGAAGAAAGAUUACAUCAUUCGAUAUUCCAUUUAUUGGUUACACAUAUCGUAAUUUUGAUGCUAUGAGAGAUGCUUUUGGCUCAGUUUCAAGUAAAGAUAGUUUAUAUGGUUCAAUUAAUAGCAGAGAAUCUCUAGCAAAUAUGUAAUUAAAAUAAAAUAAAAUAAUAAUAAUAAUAAUAAUU